AUGAUCGUCUACUACUUAUCGUUAUCUGCGUAUAACCUACGGAGUACGGAAACUGUGUACCGCAAGCCUGAACUCUUAACGAUCCCUGCAUACUACGACUUUCGAAGAAGUUCGUGCAAGUCGAGGAAUGCUAUGAUUGAUAUCCAGGGCCAAAUCACGUCCGCACCGCCAAUAAGCAUGGCUUCUCGCCCGCGAACUCCGGAGAAUCCCAAUCCCAACUUCAAUCCUCCUACUGGACCGCGUUUACCCAUGUUCGAUUCGUCUCGAGACCCCCGCCGUGCCUCCCGGAAUGGGCCCCCUGAUGUGCAGGGAACUGUAGAUGUCAUCACGCAACUCACUGCUGAGAUAUCUGAGCUCACUCAUAUCAAUUACGCACGAGAUCGCAUUAUAAAGAAACGUCACGCUGAAGAACAGGCCCUUAAGAAAGCGAGGGAUAGGGCAUUCGCCUAUCCGUCUUUCAUCCAGGGACUAAGAUCUGCAAGAGAAGAUCGAGAUAAAGAGCUACAAAGUCUCGAUGACCGGCUUAACACACACAAUGCAAAGAAGGAGAAAAUUAUCCUUUCUCUAGCACAUAUAAUCCAUUCAACUUCAAGUCAACAGAUACGCCCGGAUUAUGUGGCAGAAGAUCUUCAGAAGACUAGAGAUGAAAUGUGGCGUCAGCAUGAUAAACAUAAGGCAAAUAAUAUGACCCUGUUUAAUCGCAUUGACAAUAUUUUUCUAAGCCUCGACAACCUUCGGGAUGAUGUUGAUUCUAUAUCAAACACGGUGAAACAGAUCAAUUCAAAUGGCCCCUCAAACCAUAAAUUCCAGUUAAAUAAAGAUGAGAUUGAUCGGAGGUUCACUGAUCUUUCAUCAAGUGUUGAAACCUUGAAGUCUACCUGCGAGAGCACGAACAAAGAUAACGAUUCCACUCUGCACUCAUUAGAUCAGAGAGUCAAAAAUUUGAUGACUAGUCUAGCUGCAAGUAAGGUUGCUCGACUAAAUGAUGCCAGACAAGCUGAAGAGCGACUCCAAUCCUCUUUGAAACCUAUCUCAGACCGGACAGAUACAUUGGCUAAGAGUGUGCAAAGGAUUGAGGAAAUCGAAUCCAAGCUGUCUAAUUUUGAGAACACUAUUGAUAAUACGAUAGAGGUAACAAUACCAUCCCUCCAAUCUCAGGUCGACAAAAACUCCAAAGCCAUCCAGCCCCAGGUGGAACGACCACCAGAGGUUUCUUCUCAAGUGCCAUCGCCGUUACCCCUCGACAAAACUCGCGAAAGCUUUAAGGAAGAUUUGCGCCUUUUGUCGCAACGACUAAGUAACAUUCAAAGGGCCCAUGAGGGUAAACUGGAUACCUUAUCAAAAACUGUGGAGGGUGCUUAUCAGGCGGCUUCCCGUGCACAAAGCAUUGAUCCCCAAUCCAUAGAGCAGCAGUUCGCCCAGUUAAAUAGUCGAUUAACUGGCAAUGUAAACUCGCUCCACGGCCAACUUACUGCCACUCAUGCGGCCCUUCACUCAUUGGAACAUCGAUAUAGCCAACUUGUCACCGAGCCAAUUGUCCGCCAAAUGGUGUUACGCAUGCAAGAGAUGUACCCCUAUGCUAGCAGAGCUCAGGUUGAGAUUGACCGUUUGAUCAAUAUUGCGAACGAUCACAUAGCACACAUCACUUCGCAUGGAACAAGGAUCACCGCUUUAGAGCAAGGCCAAGCGCAAUCGAAGAAGACCAAUGAAUCUUUGAUCGCAUUCCUCCGUACUGAAAAGGCUGAGAUUACUGAAAAAGUGGACGCUGUUCGGGCAAAGAUAGACGAACUAGAAGAGAGCACACUUGAUACCUUUGCCAACCUUACCGCAGACGUUAAAUAUGCGACGGAAGAGAUCAAGGGUGUAAAAUCCCAGUUUCAGGGAAUAAGCGAUGACAGCCCUCCUUCAGUCCAAAUACUUAGUGAAAUAGGUGUUACCUCUUUAUCCUCGGCAUCCCAAUCAUUCUUUGACCAUCAUAGGAAUAAGAAGAGGAAAUUGGAUGAAGAUAUACCAGACAAUAGCUGA